AUGCUAGCAGAUGCCGAUAUAACCGCUUUGGACAGCCACCUAGGCACCAUUGUCCGCGAAAACCAACAACACCACGACAACCUGCAGAACUUGCUCUCGAAGUUCCAAGAGCUGCUUGAAAGCUACAACAGUUUGAAGAGUGAUUACGAGGAGGAAAAAGCGGGGCGAGAGCGUUACAAACGAUUGGCGAGGGGGCAGUUUAAAGAACACCUGAUCAAAGCUGGAAGCGAUGGAGGUAUCACGGCUGCUCGACUCAUGCAUGACUCGAUUCGCGACUUACUACAUGACCGCCUUGGGAGUCACGCGGACCAAUGUCGGAUCAUGGUUCGCAUCUAUGCCAACGUCCUGGGUUUAUCUAAAGCACUGGCGCGCUCCGGACUUGUGGGCAAUGAAGCCCGAUCGCUAUCGCCCUUUGUAGCCAACCUGACAAGCUCCCAAGAUUUGUUCGACUUUGUCGACGCAGGGGACAAGAAAGAAGCGGCUGAUUACAAGAUAAGAGAAAUGUUUCGGAUGUUUGCUGACAAUAACCAAUGCAAGCAUAUUUUUUUCGCCGGGUGCCACGAUGCCGGGUACCUAAAUUUACUAACCCCCUACCGUGGACGAGCAGAUCGUCUCACCCUUCUUAAAGCAGCCGGAUUCCAUAACCAGUACAAUACUCUAGACUUGCCGCUCAGAGAACUUCCGGAGGUCUUCAUGUCGACGCCCUUCGCUGGUGUUCACGCAAGGGAGUCUCCAAGUCAAUCUCAGAUUCAAUCUCAGAUCAUACUGCCCUCGCCUAGCCGUCCUGUCUGUAAGCAUUAUCAAAAGGGCAUUUGCAGGUAUGGAAGCACAUGCAUCAAGCUCCACAUACAACCAAAUCAACAGAUAUCUAAAGUCCCCGACGACACUACAUCAAUCUUUGACCGAGAAAAUUCAUCUCCAUCCCGAACUCACGAAUACUAUGCAGCCAAUCUGCCCACCACUACAGACCCAUUCUAUGGAACUCAUGUGCCUAUCAACAAGACUGGAGAACGCAUUGAUACCUACUGUGCCGCACCCUCGCCUGAAGCGCGGGACCAGUACUCUCGUCGUGCCAGGGUCCACCGGCCUUGCAACAACUUUCACUUAGCCGGACACUGUGAUACUAUACACUGCGAAUUCGACCAUGGCCCCAUCGACAUCAACAGCCGUGGUGUGAUGGCUCACAUUCUACGCCAGCUCCCGUGUGGCGCCGGUCUCACUUGCCGAUCAAUGAAGUGUUUUCUCGGCCAUCACUGUCAGAAAGACGGAUGCCGGGGCACCAAGUGCAGAUUUAACAGGCAUGCUCAUAUGCUGGACCUGCACAUUGCCAAGUGGGUGCCAGCCUUGGAGAAAGAAGACGUUGUCGCAUCCUCCGUGAGCGAUGCAUCAGAAGAAGCUAGUCCGGUCGACUCCGACAACACCUUCGCAUAUUCAACCAACGAUACACUAUCCUGA